AUGGCACCGCAUUCAGUACUCGAGCUCCCAGAGAUUGCGCUGCAUAUCUAUCAAUUCCUCGAUGUCGAGGACUGUUUUUCUUCCGUCCAAGUGUCUCGACUCUGGAACAAGAUCCUUCAGCCCCUUCUUCCCUCGGGUAAACUUCACUGGGCCGACGCCCUCCCAGAGGAGGAACGCGAUGACAUUCUUCAGGACCUCUAUCAUGACAACAUCCGCACGCUCGAGUGUAGCUUGAAAGUUUUUAAAGGCAGGGCUAUCUGGUACAAACUUGAGCGUGACGAGCAGGCGAGAGUUUGGGCGCCUAUGAAGGCUGCGCUGAUUGCAGGAAAGGACUCUGAUAGCGGUAAAGAGUUCUAG